CUGGGGGGGGGAGGAGGAGGGAGAUGGUGACGUUGCUGAGUUCACUUUUUCCAACCACUUCAAGUAAUAUAGAUGUAUUUAUAAUAAAACUGUGUAAUAUAUAUAUAUAUAUAUAUAUAUACUGUAUAUACAAAUGUACUUGUACACAUGGCACAAUUGCCGUGUAUAAAAAAAAAUUGGAAUUGAAUUUAUAUAUGUACAUAUCCCUAUAUUGCCCUCUUUGUUCAUUUGUUGGCCUGAGCGCUGAAGACAAAAUCUUUCCUUGACGCCUCAAUGCUUUAUUUACAUUUGGGCGGGGCGGGCAGAAACUGGCCUUUAUCCCCUCCUCCCCCCCCCCAGUCCUUCAAUCCUCCUCCUACACUUACCCUCGUUGUUAGCCAAGCAAAGCAGCUGACAUCACAAUCUUCUCUUCAACUUUUCCCCUCAGGCUCCUCCUUCUCCUUCUCCUCCUCAACCCCUCAACAAUUGCAUCAUAUCCUAUAUUUCCUCAUUACCACAUUUGCCACCAUUACGACAUUCUUCUGCGGAUCCCUUUACAAUUUUCCUACGCCUUAUUCAACAGCAUAUCCAUCUAAUAUGCCAGCUCAUGUACCUACCCACCCAAAUGUGCUACACAAAUAUGCCUUAUUCAUGCUAUCCUAUUCAGCACCCGUAGUCACCCCCCCUCCCCCCCCCUCCAAGCUUUUUCGCAUUGUCUACCAUCUCCCAAGAUACCACUUUAGCUUUACUGUGUGUAUGUUUUACAGCAGUAGCCUAUACCUCAAAGUGUAGGACAUUACUCCUAAUCAAUCUAGUCAACGCUUCAAUGUCCAUGCAUCACACAAGGGGCCCUUGCCGUCCGAGCGAACAAUUGCAAAAAUGAAAAAAAAAAAAAAAAAAAAAAAAAAAAAAA